ACUCGGUUACGCAACUGACGUCCAGCCCGCUCGCUGGCGGCGAGGGCGGGGAGGAGUACGUAAUCGGCGUAGGGAGGCCGUAGAGCCUUCCCGCCAUUGGCGCCUGUUAGGGCGUUUACGUAGCGGACCUGACGUAGAGGAAGACGCGCUGGUCGAGGGGGAAGGUUCUAGAAAAGCGGCGGCUCCAGCAGCAGCAGCGGCAGUAGCAGCGGCGCCGGGCUCCGGGGUGGAGGUGCUGCCGGUGGGGUGUGUGUGUGUUGAGCGCGCGCGUGUGUGUUGGUGUGUUUCUCGAGCAGCGGCGGCUCUCCGUACGGCGCCAGGACGAGUCCGGCUCGUGUUCGUCCGCGGAAAUCUCUCUCGUCUCGCUCGGCUGCGGGCAAUCGGGCUGAAGCGACUGAGUCCGCGAUGGAGAAAACUUUAGAAACUGUUCCUUUGGAGAGGAAAAAGAGAGAAAAGGAACAGUUCCGUAAACUCUUUAUUGGGGGCUUAAGCUUUGAAACUACUGAAGAAAGUUUGAGGAACUACUACGAGCAAUGGGGGAAACUUACCGAUUGCGUGGUCAUGAGGGAUCCUGCAAGCAAAAGAUCCCGGGGAUUUGGCUUUGUAACUUUCUCAUCUAUGGCCGAGGUUGAUGCUGCCAUGGCUGCAAGGCCUCAUUCCAUCGAUGGGAGAGUGGUCGAGCCGAAGCGUGCUGUAGCCAGAGAAGAAUCUGGAAAACCUGGGGCUCAUGUCACAGUGAAGAAGCUGUUUGUUGGUGGAAUUAAGGAAGACACUGAGGAACAUCACCUUAGAGAUUACUUUGAAGAAUAUGGGAAAAUUGAUACUAUUGAAAUCAUCACUGAUAGGCAGUCUGGAAAGAAAAGGGGCUUUGGCUUUGUUACCUUUGACGACCACGACCCCGUGGACAAGAUUGUGUUGCAAAAAUAUCACACCAUCAAUGGUCAUAAUGCGGAAGUAAGAAAGGCUUUGUCUAGACAAGAAAUGCAAGAAGUCCAAAGUUCUAGGAGUGGAAGAGGAGGUAACUUUGGUUUUGGAGAUUCACGUGGUGGUGGUGGGAAUUUUGGACCAGGACCAGGAAGUAAUUUUAGAGGGUCUGAUGGAUAUGGGAGUGGACGUGGAUUUGGAGAUGGCUAUAACGGGUAUGGAGGAGGACCUGGAGGUGGCAAUUUUGGAGGUAGCCCUGGUUAUGGAGGAGGAAGAGGAGGCUAUGGUGGCGGAGGACCUGGAUAUGGCAGCCAGGGUGGGGGCUACGGAGGUGGUUAUGACAACUACGGAGGAGGGAAUUAUGGAAGUGGAAAUUACAAUGAUUUUGGAAAUUAUAAUCAGCAACCUUCUAACUACGGCCCAAUGAAGAGUGGAAACUUUGGUGGUAGCAGGAACAUGGGGGGACCAUAUGGUGGAGGAAACUAUGGUCCAGGAGGCAGUGGAGGAAGUGGGGGUUAUGGUGGGAGGAGCCGAUAUUGAGCUGCGUCUGUUUAUCAUGGGCUUCACUGUAUAAAUAGGAGAGGAUGAGAGCCCAGAGGUAACAGAACAGCUUCAGGUUAUCGAAAUAACAAAUGUUAAGGAAACUCUAAUCUCAGUCAUGCAUAAAUAUGCAGUGAUAUGACAGAAGACACCAGAGCAGAUGCAGAGAGCCAUUUUGUGAAUGGAUUGGAUUAUUUAAUAACAUUACCUUAUUGUGGAGGAAGGAUUGUAAAAAAAAUGCCUUUGAGACAGUUUCUUAGCUUUUUAAUUGUUGUUUCUUUCUAGUGGUCUUUGUAAGAGUGUAGAAGCAUUCCUUCUUUGAUAAUGUUAAAUUUGUAAGUUUCAGGUGAUAUGUGAAACCUUUUUUAUUAAGAUUUUUCUCAAAGUUUUGAAAAGCUAUUAGCCAGGAUCAUGGUGUAAUAAGAAGUAACGUUUUUCCUUUAAAAAAUUUAAGUGCGUGUGUAGAGUUAAGAAGCUGUUGUACAUUUAUGAUUUAAUAAAAUAAAUUCUAAAGGAAAUUGUGUAAUUAUAGACUUUUUAUUUUAAAUAAGUUAAGGAGGGGGUAGUGUAAUUAAGGUCCAUUGCAAAGUUGUUGUUAUGUUUGUGUAAGGAAAAUGCUGGCCAGAUGUAAGUGUGUUGUCUGCAAUUCAUCAGGAUUAAAUUAGAUAACUUAAGGGAUGUCUCUGCAAGGAGAAACACCUUUUUAGAUCUUUUAGAUGCUGCUUCUUCAAUGCAAGGAAAGGAAAUAACCCAGCGAGGUACUCUUCAGGGACACAGGUCUAGUACAAGAGAACUCUUGACGCCUACUAAGUUCAGCCAGUCUUAAAAAACUGUGCUGUUUCUACCAAGCUUAACAACAGUAGUUUCUAAGGAUGCCAACGAGAGCUGAGGGUGUAGAGCAAGAUAGUUCUAAGCUUCAGUUAACCUUCUGUAGGUAAGACCUUAUUGACUUUUCCUUUCUUAAUUUUCUUCCCUAAAAGAUAAACUAAUACUCUUCAAUGGUCUUUCAGUAUAGUGGUUCUUAUGUAGUUCAACAUAGCUGUAAAUUGAGUUUAACAAUUUAUAAACUCAACUUGAGAGUAAUUUUUUAUGAACCCUGUUUUCCAAUCUGUCAUUUACUUAAAUUAUUUUGGUUGUUUUCCCUUUUUUUCCUUCUUUCCCAUCCCCUCUCCCUCCAUGAAGAUUCAGGUGCUUAACAUAUCAUUUUUUUCCCUGCUGGAAUUUUAGCAUUGCUAUGAACCAUGGACAAGUAUAUUCUGCUGCCACAAAGACUCUAAAGUGCUUCAUUUCAACAGCUGAGGCAAGCCAAGUGAUCAUUAAUAAAGCUUUUCUUGGUUCCUUCAGUGGUGUUGGUAGUAAAAUGGUAGGUAAAAGUUAGGCUGCAAGUUCAAUAAAAUCAUGAGAUUUCCCUUCAUUACACCCUUCUGUAUUCACAUUUCUUGGAUCAAGCAUUAUAAAAGAAUUAGGGUUUUUUUUU